AUGUCAAGCACAGAAAACGAAGAUUUACACCAGAGAUAUUCAUCACUGCAUGAACUCUAUCAAAAAGUUUUAAAAGAGAAAGAGGACGCCCUAGAAGAAACUGAACGGGCGACUAUCUCGUUUGCUCGACACUUUGAUAGCGAGGUAUGCUGGAAUAUAAGUAUAGGUCUUGUAAGUGCCAUCUAUUGUAUAUUGAUCGAGUGUUACUACAGGAGGAAACCUAAACUAACUUCCUUUAUACUGCAGGAUGCUCUAUCAGUUCUAAACUGUUCUUCCUAGAGGUCCAGUAAGAAUCAUCUCUUAUUGAUCCAGUGUUACUACAGGAGGAAACCUAAACUAAACUAACUUUAUUUAUACUGGUUAGUUCUGUCAGUUCUAAACUGUUCUCCCAAGAGGUCCAGUAAGGAUCAUCUCUUAUUGAUCCAGUAUUACUACAGGAGGAAACCUAAACUAAACUAACGUCCCUUAUACUGCAUAACUCUAUCAGUUCUAAACUGUUCUUCCUGGAGGUCCAGUAAGGAUCAUCUCUUAUUGAUCCAGUAUUACUACAGGAGGAACCCUAAAUCAAAAUAACGUUAUCCUACAUGAAUAACAAUAUAUCAGUAGUUUAAGCCGUUAUUUCUAGACGAGAGGUCUAGUAAAAACCAUGAGAAGACUGGGAUACCUAAAAAAAAACCUGUAGUGUUAAGUUUCGUAGAGUCAAACUGGAAGCACUCUUCUCAUAUGUGACUGAGGUGGAAUUUGUGAUCAGACAACUAGAUAUUGCGGAAAUGAAAUCCAGAGUUGAAAAAACACAUGCCACAAACGUCUCUGAAUGUCAUGUGUCUUAAUAUCGUAACACAAUUUCAGGUCACCAGCCUCAACAACCAACUCCUCUCACUAACUGAAGAGCGGGACAAAGCUCUCGUUGAAGCGGAGGACUUGGGAGUCAAAUUAGCCAACAGCAAAUACGAACUGAAUCGAUUGCAGCGCGAACACAUCAAACUUCAGUUGGAGCAAGAAAAAGUUCUCGAAAAAUUUGAACGUUUUCGUGAAAGUUCGAAGAAAGGCGAAGAAGAAAAAUUAGAUUUGAACGAAAAAAGUGGAAUCGUAGCAGGCGAAAAAAAAAUGGAGGUAAAAAUAUGAAAGAUGUCUCAAACGUGGUGGUCCAGUGUAGGUAGUAUUUUACAAUAAGCUGUCGUGGUUAAUUGUGUCUGAACUACCUGAAAAAGAUAUCUCAAACGUGGUGGUCCAGUAUAGGUAGUGUUUUACAAUAAACUGCCGAGGUUUGUGUCAGAACUACCUGAAAAAGAUAUCUCAAAUUAACGUGGUGGUCCAGUAUAGGUAUUAUUCUACAAUAAACUACUUUGGUUCAAUUGAGUCUGAACUACCUGAAAAAGAUAUCUCAAACGUGGUGGUCCAGUAUAAGUAGUAUUCUACAAUAAGCUGAAGUUUGGUUUGAGUCUGAACUACAUGAAAAAGACAUCUCAAACGUGGUGGUCCAGUGCAGGUAGUAAUUUACAAUAAACUGCCGUGGUUUGUGUCAGAACUACCUGAAAAAGAUAUCUCAAAUUAACGUGGUGGUCCAGUAUUAAUAGGUAGUAUUCUACAAUAAGCUGCAUUGGUUUGAGUCUGAAAUAUCUGAAAAGAUAUCUCAAACGUCGUAUAGGUAUAGGUAGUAUAUAGGUAGCUUGUUACCAAAACUCACCUUAUUCAUUGCUCCAUGCCGAUUGGAAAAAUCUUCUAUAACACUCCUGUGAGAAUUUUAGAAUACAAAAAUAUGACUUCGAUGUGUGGGUGCUUAUUUUGUUAUGUUUUGUUUAUUAAUUAAAACGUUCUUAGCUCGCUAUUCAUGCAUAGAAGUAUUCAAAUUGGCUGCCAAAAUGUUUAUAAUUACAGUCAAGAAUAAUAGGAUGUUAGGCUGAAUUCUAAAAAAUAUAAUACUGCAUGUAUCAAUUAAUAUAUUAAGAAGGUGAAUCGAAGCUUGUAACAUGUAGAUUUUGAGCAGAUAGUUCACUUUGAUGUUUCAAUGCGGAAUUACUUGUUGAAAGCUCUUUGUUGGACAUCUAGCGCUCGACAGGAACUGAAAUUAAUGUAUAUUACAGUUGUAGAUGCUUCGCUUUUCGUGACUCAUUAAAAAAGUUAAUUGAUUUAACAAUAUAAUUAUCCUCGAAAUAUGUCAUUCGCCACAUUGUCACAGUCAAAUUUUACUACAAACUCAAUUCUGUUAACUUUGCUAAUGUUGAAAUUCCCAUGGCGAACCCCAUGUCAUUUCUGCUUAAUUUAUUUAAGGCCUACUUCUUUAAUUAAUAACCUAGUGAUUUCUAUAGAAUUUUCACCAUAUCGAAAGCAAAAUAUCCUGCAGUUUUAAAAGUGCGUGGUAAGACUAUAUUGUGUUCAGUACAAAACAAACUAAUGAUCCGUUAGAUUUAUGCACAUGCAUUUUUGAGAGAGCAAACCGCGGGUAUAUUUCUGGCACGACAAUAGCGGUAAAAAAGGGAGAAAUGGCGUGUUAAAAGGUUUCUUUAUUGGCUUUAUUGGGAAAAUCUUGAGUUAAGUAUGUUGGCGGCAGAAGGCCAAGACAAGGCUAAGCGGCCAGGACAGCAUCGAAGUCGAAGUAUGAGGCGAGUUGCAAAGUUUAUUAGAAGGAAGUUUAAUUUGGUGAGUAAGGCAAAACAACAAGUAUAGUAUUGUUAGAUUUGUCUUGGUUGUCGUACUCAAAAUCUUCACAACUCUCGGUGGGGAUCGUUAGGUCGUCCGAGUAAUUUAGUGUCGAUGAUGCCAUUGAUAGUCGUGAAGAUUUUGAGGUAAUCCAAACUAUCAUCUUUAUGGUAGUGAUAUUUCGUCAACAAAGAAAGACUUAUUUGAGGCUAUAUAUACUUCAUCAGUUCUUUCGGCCGUGAUGGAUGAGUAAUUAUUGUAGGUAACUGGCAUGCAUGACUUGUGUCUGAGCUACCUGAUAUAGAUUAAACAUUUGUUUCAAGUAACUUCGACCAAAGCGGACUGUAGCAUAGAUACAGUGUGGAAUACCACGUACACUCAUGGACUUCCGUGGACGUUUGAGAUAUUAUUUUCCGGUAGUUCGGACAUAAACCGCGGCAGCUUAUUGUAGAAUACUCUACCUACACUGGAUCACCACGUUUGUGAUAUCUUUUUCAGGUAGUUCAGACACAAACCACGACAGCUUAUUGUAGAGUACUACCUACACUGGACCAUCACGUUUGUGAUAUCUUUUUCAGGUGGUUCAGAUACAAACCACGAUAGCGUAUAGUAUUGUAGAAUACUACCUGCACUGGACCACCACGUUUGAAAGAUCACUUUUAGGUAGUUCAGACGAACCAUGACAGCUAUCAGUCUACAUUUACUACCAUGUUUGACCUAGUUGUUAUACUGAUAUAUAUACUCUUGAAAAGCUAUCACAGAUUGUAGUUAUUUAUAGUGGACACUGUGUAUAUAGCUAUAAUAUUUCAAUUGUUUUGCAAGAGGCACAAUUAAGACACUUUGAUUCUUCUUCAUCGUAUUACUGUAAGCUAUACAAGUUUCUUUAUAAUAUUUUGUUGUUCUAUAUAGCACUGUUUAAUUGUGGGUUAAGACUCUUGUAUUUAAAUUGCCCGCUUUAAAGAGAAAAGAUUUUUCUAAUAAUGAAACAGCAGAAAUUUACUUCGAAACUUUCAAUUGCUGUUUUGAAAAUAAAAUUGCUGAUAUGACAAUAAACCUUCAGUGACGUGGGAGGCAAUUAUGGUGUCGAGGAAUUCUCAUGGAUUCGUUAAUACAUAAAUCUUCAUUAAAUUCCUACACAGAAACUACAAUUCUGUGUAUGAAAUACGACAUUUUGGUUUGUUUAAGUCUUGUGAUACUUUGGUCAGGACUAUUGGAAAGUUGAAAGCAUAUCAAAACGAUAAAUCUUUGAGAUAAUUCACCAGUGAAUGUUUUGUUUAACAAGCGUGGGAAAUUGAAGAUCAUGCAAUCAUGCAAAUCAUUGAUCAUACGUUGAUAAACAUGGAAUAAUGCCACGAAUGUCACGUCUUUUUUAAGGAAUUUUUUUUCAUUGCUGUGUUACAUUUGAAGACAAUAUUUGUGUAGACGACCUACUUUUGUGGCCUUUUUGAUACCCAGAAUAUCAUAGGUAUCCGUCCAGGAACUUAUACGAUUGAUGCAUGUAUAAUAGUUGGUCGCAUGCAGAGUCUGAAGACUGUGUGGAGUUUGCGAAUUGAUGAAUAUACAGAUUGAGUUCCGCACAGUGAGAAAUAUAUUUGUGUUGUUUUGUGGGAAACAUUUAUUUUGCAAUUGAGCUUACUGGAUCCCCGAACCCGGAUCUCCCGCAUCUGCAUUGCGUGAAAAUUAUCAUGUAAUGCAUAUCAUUUGAUCUGAUGACCGAUUGACCGAUCCAGGCUUACGGAUCGAAAACCUUGCUAAAUAAAUAGACGCGGUCAUGAAGUUUUUCUCAAACCAAAACAAAUGAAUGGAUUGCACCUUCGUUUCGAAGGGGACCAUAAAGAGUGUAGUCUAUUGAAGUCUUGAACAGCGUCCAAAUGUCGUAGACGAACAACAAUUUUUAAUACCGAAGUUGUCCUCUUUGCCAUAUUAGUAGCACAGCAUCUUCAAUGAUCUUGUGUCAGUUCUGUAAAAAACGAGAUAGAUCACUAAACUUAUUUCUUAUUUUUAGGACGAAAACUUGAACAGCGAAGGUAUGUGAGGCAAUAUUAACUACAAUUAAAAACUAUGAGGAAAAUGUCUAAAAUGUGAAUAUAUAUAAUAAUUAGUUCUUUGUAGGUUUGCAUGGCUAUAAAACAUAUAAUACUAUAUUGUUAUUACUGCAAUAAUAAUUAAUUGAGAAGAAAAUUGUGAAACUAGCAUUUUUGUGUAGUUUCUGCCAUCAUAAUUUGAACAACAUAACUGCCGUUGAUAAAUAAAUUGAAAGCAAAUGAUAGAUUUGCAUCGCGCGAGUCCCGUUAAUACAUAUUAUUUUAACAACAAUUUAGUAAUUAUUUAAAAUUAUUCCCUAAUUUGUAACUUUAAGAGCAGCGAUCCAAUUAACUCUUCAUUCCAGCGUCAUUCUUAUUCAAAUUUCGAAAUGGCUGGAAGAAUAUGUAGCCUAUAUUUAUAGAAUUGUAUAAAUACCUAUAUAUACUAUAUAAAUAGAAACUGUAGGGAUGUUAUUAAUUGGUUCACUAAAAGUUAUGAUACAUCUUACUGUGCUCCUUCUCAAUAUUAUCAGUUGGAGAAAAACGCAUGCAUGUAAAGAUCGGAGAAUUCGAAUGAUUCUGAUAGAUUAUUUGAAACAUAGACCUUUGACAGAGUCACUCAAGAACAUUUUUUUAACUGUAGAGAAUCAGUCCUAUAGCUGUGGAAUAGUCUAUUUGUUAAAGCAAUUAAUGCUAUACAUCUGUGGCAACUUUCGAAAACAUUUUAAAGCAAUCAUAAUAGUUAAUUUUUGAAAUAUUUUAUUGUACACGAACAGACAUUAUGAAUGGAUUCCUUGUUCAAAUAAAGUUUUUGAUACUAGGCGAAAAAUUAUUUUGUAUUUAGUCCUCUUCACGUACUAUGCGCAAAAAUAAAUUUCUAAAAUUUUUUGGUAGGGCAACUCAAUCAUGUUCCCCGACCACCUGUUAAAAUUAAGAAGUCAAAAGUCGAUGAAGACUACACUGUUUAUGAAGAACUCGGAAGGUAAUAGUAAAUCUUUUUUAAUAUAUCAAUUGAACUUUGUUUAUAGUGGAUGCUCUUUUAGUUUUAAACUGUUCUUCCUAGAGGUCCAGUAAGGAUCAUCUCUUAUUGGUCCAGUGUUAUACUACAGGAGGAAACCUAAACUAAACUAGCUUUAAUUAUACUGGAUAACUCUAUCAGUUCUAAACUGUUCUUCCUAGAGGUCCAGUAAGAGUCAUCUCUUAUUGAUCCAGUGUUACUACAGGAGGAAACCUAAACUAAACUAGCUUUAAUUAUACUGGAUAACUCUAUCAGUUCUAAACUGUUCUUCCUAGAGGUCCAGUAAGAGUCAUCUCUUAUUGAUCCAGUGUUACUACAGGAGGAAACCUAAACUAAACUAGCUUUAAUUAUACUGGAUAACUCUAUCAGUUCUAAACUGUUCUUCCUAGAGGUCCAGUAAGAGUCAUCUCUUAUUGAUCCAGUGUUACUACAGGAGGAAACCUAAACUAAACUAGCUUUAAUUAUACUGGAUAACUCUAUCAGUUCUAAACUGUUCUUCCUAGAGGUCCAGUAAGAGUCAUCUCUUAUUGAUCCAGUGUUACUACAGGAGGAAACCUAAACUAAACUAGCUUUAAUUAUACUGGAUAACUCUAUCAGUUCUAAACUGUUCUUCCUAGAGGUCCAGUAAGAGUCAUCUCUUAUUGAUCCAGUGUUACUACAGGAGGAAACCUAAACUAAACUAGCUUUAAUUAUACUGGAUAACUCUAUCAGUUCUAAACUGUUCUUCCUAGAGGUCCAGUAAGAGUCAUCUCUUAUUGAUCCAGUGUUACUACAGGAGGAAACCUAAACUAAACUAGCUUUAAUUAUACUGGAUAACUCUAUCAGUUCUAAACUGUUCUUCCUAGAGGUCCAGUAAGAGUCAUCUCUUAUUGAUCCAGUGUUACUACAGGAGGAAACCUAAACUAAACUAGCUUUAAUUAUACUGGAUAACUCUAUCAGUUCUAAACUGCUCUUCCUAGAGGUUCAGUAAGAGUCAUCUCUUAUUGAUCCAGUGUUACUACAGGAGGAAACCUAAACUAAACUAACUUUAUUCAUACUGGAUAGCUCUAUCAGUUCUAAACUGCUCUCUCUAGAUUCCAGUCUGUUCUGGGGGAAACGUUAAAUUAACUAACUUUAUGCAUGUAUACUGGGGAUAGCUUUAAGCAUUUUUUAUUGUAAAACAUGUUUUUGUCUGCUAUUUUUCAGAGGGAAAUUUGGGGUUGUAAAACGGGUAAUAAAACAGUCAACUCAGGAAGAGUUUGCGGCAAAAUGGGUGAAAGUGACAAGUCAAACGAAGGACGAUGUUUUGAAGGAAAUCGAGAUCAUGGGAAAAUUAAAUCACAAACGUCUCGUGGGAUUGUACGAUGCUUACGAAGUUUCUAGGAAUCUUGUUCUUAUCAUGGAAUAGUAAGUCAAUGUCAAUAUUGGUAAUUUUCGCGAAAUAUUUCCAGCCUAAUGUCCUAAUUUCAACUUAUCUGUAUUUCAGUAUAACUGGCGGCGAAUUAUUUGAAAGAAUAGCGAACGAAGAAUCAGUGACAGAGAAAGAAUGUGCGUACUAUUUGAGACAAUUGUUGGAAGGAUUACUGUACAUGCACAAAAUGAGUAUUGUGCACCUUGACUUAAAGGUAGGCUAAAGUCUGAGUUGUAAUUUGAACUAAAUUGAGAAUCUUUCUAAUUGUUUUUGUUUAAACAAAAGUACAAAGCGAUAAGAAAUUAAAGGUUGUUGUGGAAAGGUGUAGUUCUCUACAUGUACUGUAUAUGGUGACAACAAAUUUCACCCAACAAGCUUUUCGACGAGCUCCUUUUCGUAGUAAAUACUAAGACCAAAAUUGCUCAAUUCUUGAUGAGUUUCUUAAUUUGUUAUGACUUAUGAUGUCCAGUAAAGAGAAGGACUUUCUUCAGCUUAUUCAGCCUUACCUAUGUGUGUGUAAGAACGAAUUGAAAACGUUUUUAUUCAGUUCAAAAGCUGGUAUGAUUAAGAUUAACACAAAGAGACCAGUCGAGGAAAAAGUUUUUGUCGAAGAAAAGGUUUUUGUCGUACAACGGAAGCUCGAACAUAUAGACCUUGUCAGGGAAAAGAUGUCCCUUUUGACAGGCUUUAAUAAAUGAUUCCUCGUUUUGUUUUCCAGCCUGAGAAUAUUGUCUGUGUGAGCAAGGACACUUGGGAUAUCAAAUUAAUCGACUUCGGAUUAGCCAAAGAAUUAAAACCUGGCAAGGUUAUUAAGACUAUGCAAGGAACACCAGAGUUUGUUGGUAAGUUUACCAUGAUGACCAGUUUUUAUUUAUUUGUUUAAUACAUAAGUAAAUAAAUAAAUAAAUAUUUCUGAGGAUAGGUUUAAAUAGAAUCUACUACUAACUGUACUAUUACUCUCAGUAACUGUUAGGUAUAUUUGUGUAUGUUCCAUUCAUUCCUGCAAUUUCCUGAUCUUCUAUUACCUCGAACUUAAUUUCUUAUUUUCUCUCGUGUUUUAGCUCCUGAGGUGAUCAAUUUUGAACCUGUGUCCCUUGCAAGCGAUAUGUGGUGAGUAGAAGUUAAGAAAUACUAUGGCUUGUCGCUAUCAGUAAGAUAUUUUGUUUGUAGUCUGUCAAAAAGUGCAGGGCAUUUUCAAUAGUCAUUUAUAUAACCUGAUAUUCUUCUUUUUUUUGGGGGGGGGGGGUUGUUGAAACGUGGCGUUAUAAUUUUUCUCAAGAUUACCUGUGGUUUAGAAAACAUACUGAUUAUAAUAACCCAACGCCUCUAAAGAACAUAUAAUGACUUACAUUUUUUUCAUAUAGGAGCGUUGGUGUUAUCGCAUAUAUUCUGUAAGUAUAUAAAUAAUCGUUUGUGGUUUUGCUUAAUCUUUUUGAGAACUAAAGUUUUAUCCUGGACUCUUGAGCUGUAUGUCUUUUGUGUCAGAAAUAUCUUGAACAGACAGUUAACUUUUCUUAUUAUAUAUUUUUUAAAAUUAUUUUUCAGCGUAAGUGGUCUGUCUCCAUUCCUUGGCGAUGACAACAACGAAACGUUAUCCUAUGUCACUGCAGCUGAAUAUGAUUUUGAAGACGAGGCGUUUAAUGAAAUAAGCCAUGAAGCUAAAGACUUUAUUGAAAAGUUACUUCAUAAACCACCAAGGUAGUUAUCAAUGCCCUUUCCCUAACACUUAUUGCUUACAAUAUCAUCCAAACACAAUCCAGAAAUCAGAAUGUUCCAUUGUCUUCUCAUUGUGUAAAAAGUGUAGUGUAGCGUAGCUCAGUUAGCAGAGCAUUGGGCUGGUAUUCCUAAGGUCGUAGGUUCGAUUCCCACUGUGGCCAGGUAUAUUUUUCAAGCCUGCCCGGUGUGGAUAUACACUCAGAGUAACAUCACAAGAAUCUUUUGACUGUCUGUUAUUCUUGAACAAAAAAAUAACUUUAUGCAAUGCAAAGAUCUUGAGGAUAACAGGAUUUAUUUCAAAGAAUGUCUGUCUAACUGAAUGGUUGCUUGUUCUGUUUAGCAAGAGGAAAACAGCUGAUGAGUGUCUGAAACACGAAUGGAUAAAGGUAAAUCUUAGUUUGAAAAGCAAAAAGUUAAACGAUUGACAAGGUAUAGAAAUUAAUCCGGUUAUUCCACGAUGUCCACUGUGAAUAACGCGGACAUUGUACAUGCAUAAUGAAAUAUGGCAAUGAGGAGAUAUUUAACAAUUCUCUUUUCUUUUCAGAAAAAUCGAGGAAGUAAUAAAAUCAAGACGGAUAAUCUUAAAAAGUUUCUUGCAAAAAAGAAAUGGCAGGUAAGUAAAAGCUAGUAAUUUUGAUAGCUGGCCACUCUCGUCAAAUUUGAGCCAGUCAAACUUAGAUGAGACACGAGAUUUUUGUAGUCGUGUGACCGAUAAUAUCCAAUCAACUCUCAUAAACUCUCACGCUACCCUUGUCCAUUUCGUUUGACCGGGCUAAGAGAGUUCAGAACUCUCAGGUAAAGUAGCUCUCUUCUCAAUUCUUGUCAGUUCUCAUCAUCAUUUCAUCAUUCAAUCGAAUAAUUUUCAUAACUUUCCAGAAAUCAGUUAAUGCAGUCCGUGCAGUCAGACGUCUUUCCUCGAUGAGCUCACUAUUCAAUGCGAAAACCAAAAGCAAAUCAGUCGUAAAACUAGAUGAACCGCCCGGAGUUAAGCCAAUCCCACUGGCAGAAACGAAGCGAGACUUCAGCAAAUCCAUGCCUUCCGUGUUUGCGGUCGAAGGCGGACAGUUGAAUAAACGUGCAAUGAAAAUACUGGACAGCGACACCGAGGCAUCUCAGAGGUAAUCAUCAGUUAGGAAAAUUCUUUAAUCCACAUUAAUGUGAAUCAUUAGACACAAUUUUGCAUGGGUAAAAUUCUAUGUUUUGAUCAUGAAAGAUUCGUAAGAAAUGUUUGCGACUAUAGUCUAAAGCAGUCAUUUUUCAGCUGAUUAUAGUUCGAUUCCCGCAAUUGUCUAAUUAUAAUUUUGUGAGAAGAGUGCUUCAUAUUUGACUCUGUUUCCCUUUUGUGGUACCACUGGAGUAGAUUAUGGGAGAACAAUUUAGAUAUGAUAAAGUUAUCUAGCUAUCCUUGGCACGAUAGGUCAGGAGGAGUUAAUAUUUUUAUAAUAAGCUGUCAUGGUUUUCGUGUGAACAAUGUGAGAAAAUUUUUAAAAAUUCAGAAGUAUUCGUUUUCAAAUGGUUCCGUCCAAAAACAGCAACAGAUUAUUUAAAUAGAGUUAGAUUUGCAAAAGUUGUGUUAGAUUUUUAAGUUAACUCUUGAGUUCCCAUGUCAAGACAUUUACUUGGUUCACGUUAUAAAUAUGUUCCGUUUCGUUCCACAGUGAGUCAGGCUCAAUGGAACAGAUCAACACGGCCGACGUGGACGACAAGGAUGUUCUGGAAGGAUUGUUUAAAGAAAAUAAGGAAAUCUUGGACUUCCUGAGUUCAGGUCUGGCAAACAAUGGAAAAAAUCAAACUCCAACAAGAAGCCAAGAGAAGCUCGGAGGAAUUUCCGAGGAAAAAGACACCAAUGAUGACGUCACUGGUAAGUUUAGGAAGAAUCGAAAAACCAGCCAAGAGUUUAAAAAAUGUAAUAAAAGCAAAGUUUGGAAGUCAGUAUCAAUAACUCUCUUGAUUUAAUCCGUAUCUUGAAUUUCCUAAGAUCUUGUUUUUCGGACUUUGUUUGUAUGGGAAAAACAUUACUAAUUUGUUCCUACAUAUAAGCAAGUGAACUUAGUACAAGUUGUUGUAGGCGAGUUGUGUGCUUGAAUUACACAGUACAACUCAAGUUGUAAGCAGGUUGCUGCGACAGUUUUAGGAAAAAGUCGUGUAGUUUAUACAAAUCAGCCAAUUGACAUUCUUUUGCUUAUUUAUCGUUCAUAUUUCAUUCAUACCAACUUUCAUUCACAUCUUCAGCCAAACCCGAGUUUGUUGACCCACUACCUUCCACCUACACUGUUCCCAAGGGAACGCCAGUGUUGAUGACGUGUACAGUACGUGGCACCCCAGAUCCGACCGUCACGUGGUUCAGGCAUGACAAGGCGCUCACUCACGAGGACACUGACGUUACAAUAGAAAGAGAAGGAAACGAAUGCAGUCUUUCUAUUGGUCAAUGCGAAGUACAGGACGAAGGAAGUUAUUCGUGCAUGAUACAAAAUGAGUUUGGUCAGGCGACAAGCAACACCAAGCUUGAUGUACAAGGUGUGCAAGUUAAACUCACUUUAUUUAUACUGGACAGCUCUGUCAGUCCUAAACUGUUCUUCCUACAGAUCGAAGUAAGAGGCAUCUCUUAUCGACCUAGUGUUACUACAGGAGGAAACCUAAACUAAAUUAACUGUUAUAAACUAUUCUAUCUAGAGGUGCAUUAAGGGUCAUCUCUUAUUGAUCCAGUGUUACUACAGGAAGAAACCUAAACUAAACUAACUUAUUUGUACUGGAUAGCUCUAUCAGUUCUAACUUCUAAACUGUUCUUCCUAGAGGUCCAGUAAGAAUCGUCUCUUAUUGCUCCAGUGUUACUACAGGAGGAAACCUAAACUAAACUAACUUUAUUUAUACUGGAUAACUCUAUCAGUUGUAAACUGCAUGUUCUUCCUGGAGGUCCAGUAAGGAUCAUCUCUUAUGGAUCCAGUGUUACUACAGGAGGAAACCUAAACCAAACUAACUUUAUUUAUACUGAAUAGCUCUGUCAGUUAUAAACUAUUCUGUCUAGAGGUCCAUUAAGGGUCAUCUCUUAUUGAUCCAGUGUUUCUACAGGAGGAAACCUAAACUAAACUAACUUUAGUGUCAAACGUGAUUGAGGUGAAAUUACAAGCAGACUGCAUAUUUUCAGAAAUCAACCUCUGGUCAUACACUAACCAGUGUGUUACAAUCUUUUCAGUUUCACCAGAUUUUGUUCGAGAAAUGCGCGAUGCGUCGGUAGAGGAACAAAAACGAGUCCAGUUCGACGUACAGAUCAGUGGCAAACCCCUGCCGUCAGUGGAAUGGUACCAUGGUGACACUUUACUCCAGGAUGACAGAUGGAUAAAGAUUCGUCAUAGUACUAGGGACAAUACAUGCUCCUUGGUGAUACGAUCGGCUACCGCUGAGAUGCGUGGAGUGUAUAAAUGUGUGAUCACGAAUCCAUUGGACAGUAUAUCAUGUACUGCUCGAUUGCAUAUUGAAGGUGAGCAAAGGAGAUUGAAAACUGGGGAUUGCUGUCGAGUUGAUAGGCUAGGCUGACUUUAUUUCUUGUCGAUCCAGGGUUACUACAGAAGGAAACCUAAACUAAACUAAACUAGCCUUAUUUUAAUAUAUUGGAAAGCUCUAUCAGUUCCCAGUAAGAGCCUAUACCCCUGAUGGUCCGGUAUUACAACAGGAAGACACCAAAAUUUUGGUUAGAUUAGAUAACAUUUUUACUGUUGCUCUGUUCGUCUUAAAGUUGCAAAGGACAUCUCUUCUUCAUCCAUGCCACUGUAUAUGGUAGAGUCGAAUUGUAAAUAAAAUCCUGAGAUGCAAAUAAGGAGACAUUUUAAUCAAAUGAUUACAUGCUGCUAGAACUUAAUCCCAGUCGCAAAAGUGGAAGAUAAAUGCUCGCACCAUUGAACCACAAACAUCCCAUAAUCUCAUUUCACCCCAUGCGGCAUUUUAUUUUAUGAAAUAUCUUUCUUCCUUCCUCGAAGGUUACGACGACGAAGAGGACGAAAAUGAAGAAGAUGAAGUUCUGGAGGAAACGUCUGCGAAGGAAGUGGAAGAUGAAGUUGAUGCUCAUGAUGAUCAUCCCCGAGUUUCAUUGCGAGAAGAUGAUAUCAACCAAUACUAUGACAUCAAGGAAGAAAUAGGAAGGUAAGUGGAGGUUUUGAAUUUGAUGGUAGAAGUUUGGAAGCUCUAUCAGUUCUCGCGGUUUAGUUUGUUCUUAUUAAAUAGUGCAUCUUUCUUCAUUUGUCUAAUAUUAGGCUGGUUUACUGUACACUAUCAAAGUUUCUGUGAUCACAGUAGGAAUUUUGCAUAGGUAAAUUCUAAAUUUUGAAGGAUUUGUAAGAAAUGCUUGAGAAAACUGACUUUACGCCUGUAUUCUAAAAUCUCACUCACACUCAAAGAGUGGAGGUUCAAUCUGAGCUUCCCUUGAGUGUCAAUGCUGUUUUUGAAUAGCUAGAAGGUGAGUAGUCACAUAGUAAGGUACGAUACUAACCCUCCAGCUAUUUAAAAACAGCACUGACACUCAAGGGAAGCUCAGAUUGAACCUCCACUCUUUGAGCGUGAGUAUGAGUGAGCUUUUAGAAUACAGGCGUUAGUAUUUAACACUGAGUUAGUUUCCUCGAACAUCCUUCAAAACUUAGAAUUUACCUGUGCAAAAUUUCUGCUGUGAUCAUUGAAACUUUGAUAGUGUAUAAAACGAGUCUAUAUUUAGUGCAGGAGAAAAACUAAACUAAACUAAAUAUAGCUCUACUGAAUGUUUAUUAUCGACGUCUGGAGAAGACCAUCGUAUCUCUUCUUGGUUCACACACGCGAGUGUUUGUUCGAUUCAAAACUGGGAAGCACUCUUCUCAAAUGCGAAACCUAAUCAUAGCAAUUUAUGGAAAUGCACCAUGCAAUUUAUGGAAACAUUUAAAUUCAUUUUCAGAGGACGUUUUGGAGUCAUCUACUACGCUAUUCACAAGGAAACAGGACGUGAUUAUGCCGUGAAAUAUAUAAAAGUGAGAAAGAGUCAACGAGAUCAGUUUCAGCACGAGAUCGACAUCAUGAAUCAUUUACGACAUCGGAGAUACAUUAGACUGUACGAAGCGUUUGAAGAAUCAAGAAAACUGAUCCUUGUUCUUGAACUGUAAGCAUUACUUUAUGUUUGUUCAGGUUUUAUUUUGAAUUUUGUUUUUUUAUUGCAAACGAACUUUCUUUGCCUUAAUUGACAAGUACUUUACAAUUUUGCUAAGAAGAACUUAUUAUAUUUUUUCUUUCGCAGAAUGCGUGGAGGAGAGAUGUUGGAAAGAUUGUCGGAGAAAGAUUAUUUAACAGAACACGAGAUAAUAAGAUAUGUGAAACAAAUCUUGGAGGGAGUCAAAGAUAUGCACGAAAAAGAUGUUCUACAUCUUGAUCUGAAGGUAGAAAACGCUUGUUGCUAUCCUCUGAAGACAGGUUCCAUGCAAGUGUUUUAAGUACUAGAUUUUUUAUGUAGUUUAGACAGUUUAAAACCAUGGCAACUUAAGUAAAAUCUUUGUUUUCUAGCCCCAAAACAUCAUGUUUACAACUGAAGAAAGCAGCAAUCUGAAAUUGAUCGACUUUGGCUUAGCAAGAAAGUUGAAUGCUGAAAAGGAUCUCAAAAUUUUGUUUGGUACUCCGGAAUUCGUCGGUAAUUGAUUUAUAUAUAAAAACCUGUCUAGUGUUAAUCAAGGUCUUAAUGUUGAAUUAAUUAUCGCCUAACCGAAAUUCGUAACCCUUACCCUAACCCUAACCAUCCAUCAUUUGUCUUCGUUGUAGCCCCUGAAAUUGUCAAUUACGAAACCAUCACGCCUGCAACAGACAUGUGGUAAGUACUGACACUUUGAUGGAUCCUGUGGAUGGAUUUCAUCCAUGUUGUUUAACAGAUUAUGUUCACAUUUACUUGAAGAAUUGAACUGAAGUUUUGUAUUUGAAUCUUCUUUAUUAGGAGUGUUGGCGUUGUCACGUACAUACUGUAAGUACAUUUUGAAAACAAACCCUGUAGAUAUAUGACAAACUUUGACCAAGGUACAACUUUAGUUCAAAGAAUACUUGGUAGUGGAAUGUCUGGUGUGGAAGUAGAAUUAAUGAUUAAAUAUUGAAUAAUGAAUGUGAACGUUUUGGGCAGGAAUUUAAAUAUCUCUGACAGGAAUGUGGAUAUUUCUUGCCAGAAUCACUCCACCCCCAAUGGUGUAGUUGUAAACGAGCGUUAGUAAAUCAUUUCAUCUCAGUUUCUUCACAGGAUACAUUAUUCGUCAUUUUCGUUCUCUAUAGUCUUUCAGGUGUGUCUCCCUUCUGGAGUGACGAUCCUGACAUAACUCUGUCCAAUGUUACUCAAGCUGUAUGGCAGAUGCCUGAGGAGUUGUUUCAAGGUGUCAGUGAAGAUGCCAAAGAUUUUCUUACCAAGCUGUUGGUCAAAGAUCCUAGGUUAACAUUUUUUCCUUGUGUUUCAAAAAUUGUGAAAAAAUGAGUUGUUGUGGAAAUUUCUCCUGUUCAUCUUUUUUAUUUUUUAAAAUUUUUUUUUCAAAUAAUAAUUUUAGCAAAAGGAUGAAAGUUGAUGACGCUUUCCAACAUCCGUGGAUCAAGGUCACUAAAAAAACCGAUCUUUUUCAUUUUCAAUAAUUAUUGUGUUACUUAUUAUUUGUGCUCUUUGUUUCUGUAGGCUGCAAAACAAGAAGACACAAACUCAAAUCUUAUUUCAACGGAAAGACUUAAAAAAUAUUACGGCCACCAGAAGGUAUGUAGAUGAUCUCUUUGAGUUUAACUGAAACAGAUAUCAUUGAACGAUGUUAACCCUUUAUCCACGAACUACCUUCCAAUGUAUUUCACUCUGUCUAAUACCAUCGGCUCGUUUUUAUUUUGAACAAGGGAUUAAUCAGUGCACGUGUUAUAACGUCCGUCGGAAUGAAGAAUGAAGAUGAAAGAAGACGUCCCGAAGGUAAGCUGGAAACUUUUGAACUGAAAUGGUUCGUUUGGUAUUUUAGUUCUUUUAAAACAACUAUUAAUAAUGCCUUAAUGCCUUUAUACGAAAAUCUGCAAAAUUUAUCGACCUACAUCUAUUAGUUAAGUUGUUCUUAUUGAAAUCUGUAGUACCUGGAAACGAUUAAGAACUUGACCAGCAAGGGAAUUUCGUCAGAAUGUUCUACUAAUUUUCUUAUGAAGUGGUUCUCUCUGAAUCUUUUUAAACACUUCAGACACAAACCACGGUAGUCUAUCAAUCAUUUAUCAAUAAAGGUUUUAGUAUGCCGUACAACUCGUAUUAUUUCCUCUUCAGGUGAGAAAAUCAAGACUGAAGUCAACACAGAAGUCAGCAACGAAAAUAACGACAACAACAACGACUCACCAAGUUCUCUUGUUUCCGAACUAACAAAAGAAAGGGACGACCUACAACAGCAACUUGACGAACUUUUAGAAAAAUACAGCAGUAUGGAAGACGAACUUCGUGCAGUAAAAACUGCUAAUAAAGAACAAGAAGAAGCCUUAAAUAAAAUUCAAAAAAGAAACAGACUUUUAGAAGACAGGAAUAUUGCGAAUCAAGAGGCUACGCAGCGUUUAAUCCGGCUAGAAUGUGAAAAAAGGGAUUUGGAAGACAAAUUUCAACAAAAGGACAAGAAGUUUAACGAUUUGAGCAAAAAAUACGAAAAAAUUCGCGAGAAAGCAGCGUCUUAUGACUCCAUGGAGGAAAAGGUGUUAUAUCUUGAAAAAGAACGUAAAACUAGCCAAACACAAUGUAAAAAGGUGGAAGAGCAAUUGAAACAGUUACAAGAAGCUCACGAAGCUUUAAAAUCGACAGAUGUAGCGAAGGGAAGGUCUUCUAUAGCUGAAGAAGACGAAAAUGAUGUGCUAGAAGACAAAAAUGGUCCCCAAGAUGAUAAAAAUAGCUCCUCAAGAGAUUCGAAUGAAUUUGAAGGCAAAAAACAGUCAAAACUUUCGCAGGAUACAAUUGAAAGCGACAACGAACUUAAUAAUAAAGUAGAACUUAUGUCUAAAGAGCUGGAAAUUGCUCAAGCCGAGAUUCAGCGGUUGAAUAAGACCAUCAGUUCUCAACUUGAGGAUUUGGAAGAAUUGGAGCGCGUUGGGGAGCACAAGAAGAAACUGGAGACGAGAUGUAAGGGUCUCGAGGAACAAUUGGUUGAACUAGAACACGAGGGAACACAGAGGGAACAAGAGAUUGAUGAGAUGGAAGAGGAUAUACUGGAUUUACAGGUUCGUAGUUCUGAUCUAGAUAUAAAAUUGGAUCAUCAUGCUGCUGUAGAACAAUUAAAACUUAUUAUAUUUAUACAGGAGAAGCUUGAGAAAUCCCAUAAGGAGUUGCGCGCUGUGUUGGAGGAGAACAAAGCACUGAAACAAGGCUCAGAAAGUGGUGAGAGGACACGUGGGAAAAUUAGGGAUAUUAAUGUGCAUACAAAAAUGGUAAAUGGUGACGAGAAAUCUUCCAAUGUUGCCAUAAAGGUGGGUCAUAUAAACUAAAACGUCCCUUUGAGGGUUGUUGGUAAUAUAGAAUUUUCUUUACUAGGAAACUCGGAACAGUUUAGAUUUAACAAAGUUAGUUUACUUGUCUUAAUUCGCAUUUCCUAUUGUAGUAUUGUAGUAUUGUAGUAUUGUAGUAUUGUAGUAUUGUAUGGUAUGCUCAACACUGGUCAUACAUGUUAGACAGCUAAAGAAGACAGUUUAACACUGAUACAGCUAUUUAUUAUUCAGGAAGUUAGUUUAGUUUAGAUUUCUUCCUGUAGUGACACUGAAUUAACAAGAGAUGAUCCUUACUGGACUCUAGGGAGAACAAUUUGGAACUGAUAGAGCUAUCUAUUAUUCAUAAAGUUAGUUUAGGUUUCAUCCUGUAGCAUCCUAUCAAUAAGAUAUGAUCCUUACUGGACCUCUAUAGAAAGAACAGUUUAAAACUGAUAAAGCUAUCCAUUAUUGAUAAACUGUUAGUUUAGUUUGGGUUUCUUCCUGUAGUAACACUGGACCCUACCGUUAGGGAUAUUUUCCUUACUGGACCUCUAGCAAGGAAAGUUUAAAACUAUAAUAUAGUUAUAUAGUUAUUGGUUUGGUUGCAAACUACAAUAUUAUCAUGAAAAAUAAUCUAAACUGUCACUUUUUAGCAGGAAGCAAGUGACAGAUCGGAAAAAACGAGGGACGUCACAGACCAAAAUGGGUCUAAUAGGGUCAUGAAUGGUGACAAGGGAUCUCCUAGGGUCAAACACAGGAAAAGAUCAGCCGAGCCAGUCGAGGAGAGAAAGACAGAAUAUGUAACCAAGCCUGCAGUGAUGACGAAUGGCUCAGAAAUCUCCGAUGACGACACUGAUAUCUUUGAAGAUGAUGCAGAGUUCUCUGCGAAAUAUUAUCAGUUAGAAAAAGAAAUUCAAGAACUGUUGAGCGAGAAAUUUAGUGAGACGACUGGAAAUAACGGUAAGUAAUAAAUGCCUAAGGCGUUUUAAUAUCUUUUAUCAAAUCAUUAAAUUUAAAAAUUGCACAAAUUAUAUACAAAAGAUUUGCUAAUUUUUUCGAAAUUUUGAGUAACUCAUUACAUGUCUAUGAAGUUACAAUUAUUCUUGUGUGUGGAAGCAUUGAAUAAAACCAGGAAAGGCUGGUGAUUAAACAUUAACAUUUUUUGCAUUUGUUGGCCUUGUUUUAUUCUAUGCUUUCGUAAACUAUAUAACGAUACUAACUGUAUCAAUGUCAUGAGUUAGUAGAGAGUUUCACGACGCGACUAGAGAAGACGCAUUAGAAAAGCUUGGUAACUAGCGCAGCAACGCGUCUUUUGUAAAUUCCAAGCCUUUCUAACGCGUCUCCUCUCGCCGCGUCGUGAAUCGUAUUACGAACUCUCUAGUGUGAAUUUGGCAAGAACGAGGGAAAUUUUACUUUGGUUGCAAUUUUUAUCGAUAUUAUUAGCAAGAAUAUUUUCGACGUCGAAAGUACUAAUUAUAUAAUAUAUGCAUGUGCAAAUGUCGUUCAGCUGUCGUCUAAUAGGAAAAAAUGUCAAUUCGAACGAAAUUUAUCCAUAUUCAUCACAUCGCACGUAGAGUUCAGCUUUGUAUAUUCUAAUAUUCAAGAAUUAAGACUGGCUGCUUGCAAUUUUGUACAAUUAAUAAUAAAAAAACUCCUAAUUCCCACGUUUUAUAUCAGUGACAGUGCUGGAUUUUCAAUAUACGCUUAUUUAAUACGCACAACAUGUUUAUUUAUUUUACCGAAUUUAUAUUGUAUAAAGUUGAAAUUUAUAACUAUAUAGCACUGUUUUAGAAUGUUAUUUUCACUCUUCAGUAAUUUUAAUGCCUUAUAAUAAUUACUAAUUAGUCAGAUAAUUAAUGAUAAUUAGUAUCAGUAAUCAACAGUUUAAUAAUCUUCAAAAUGAAGUUACUAAUGAUUUUAUGCAGUAUGCAACAAUAUUGUUUUGUUCGUAAAGAUAGCGGCAAUUAUACGUAAAUGACGUACGUCAUAUGUUAAUUGUGAUAAUGUACUAAUAUAUUACUGACUUUUAUAAUUAAUAUUAUUAAUACAAUGAUGAUAUCUUAUAUACCUUACAUACUAUAUUUUUUAUACAAUCUUGUAUUUUACUGACAGAAAUUAUUUUUGCUGCAAAUGUUAUGAUUCUAGGGAAAAUUAUUAUAAGACAUACGAAAAUGAUAAUAAUAAUAGUACUGGGACCGCGAAACAGGGGGCGGGGCCAUGCCCCACCCCACUUUUUCGGUGGAUGAAAAAUGACCAGAUAAAAUCCAGCUUACUUGCGUGGAAUAGCUCCCGUGCUAUCCUAAUAAUUUUAUAAUUUUUUGGAAUCGCUUGUUUUUUCAUUUUUGUUUAUGAAUCGAAAGAGAAGACUCAUUUAAACAGCAACUUACUCCCACUGAAUCCCUGAAAACAUUUGCAGCAGAAAUUAUCGGCGAAAAGGCAAAAAAAUCGUGGAUUAAAUAUGGUAGAAUUAACAACAGUAUAAUAUUUUUAUAAUCAUUUUAUAUUUUCAGCUUUCUCUGACGUUUCUUCUUUGAGUCGAUAGCUUUUCGUUUUUUCUAUUUAAUAAAUUUAGUUCGAACAACUCUUCAGCUGUAUCUCUAUAUAGAUUAAAUUGUUUUUUAUUUGAAUGACUGAUAAAAAAUGUUCCAAUGCUAUAAUUCGCCGUAGAUUUGAAAUCUUGUUAUCCUAAACCAACUCAAAACGGUUUUGUCAAAACAUUUCAUAAAAAAUCAAAAGUCCAAAAGAUGUCGGUCAGGAAAAGCUGGAAAACGAACUUGAAUUAUUGCUCUAAAACAAAUUGGUAUUUGCAAAAAGCACGCACUAACAGCUAAUAUUACAGACUACACUUCGGGUAGAAAUGUAUUUUACUCAAAAUUAAUAUUGUAUUUUUUCGUAAUUCGAUCUAUAUAGGCUAUAUAUACUACUAGCUGAACAUGUAUAUUUUAUAUAUAUUAAUUGUAAAUAGCAAUGUAUCGAGUGCGUAUAUCAACUAACAAUAUAACACUAAUCAUUGUCUUGUGUACUGGUUAUUUUUUUACAUAGCUCAAAGAAAACUAAUUUUUAUCAAGAGUGAAUUUCAAGAGAUUUAGAGACGGACUUAAUUUGUUAAUUUUGUAACUUAAAAUUUAUAUGUCAUAAAAAAUGUAAUAUAUGAAUUAUAACAUGAAUGAAUCUAAUGAAAUUAUUCUAAACCGUAAAAUUUUAUAACAAAACUAAUUUAACCGCUUAAUAUGGCUUAUGCAUUAAUGUACUAAUAUACUACCGACUGAUAUAAUAAUAGUAAUAUAUAUGAUAAUAAUACUAUUAUAUAUGAUAUGAUGUAAUAAUAUGAUAAUAAUUCCUUAUAAUUCAUAUUUAAAUAUGAUAAUACAAUAAUAAUAAUAAUACUAUUUUUUAAAUUAUAAUAAUCAUAUACUAUGUAUAUAAUUAACUUAACAAAUUAUCAAUGUAUACUAUUAAUCAAGUAGUAGUUAUAAUGAUAAUAUUAAUUAAUUAAUUCAAACUAAUUAUUACAAUUAACAAUAUAAUGACAAGAAAUUAAAACUAUACUGAUUAGUGAUUUUUUAACACACAAAUAACAUUGAAACACUAUAAAUUAUAAAACAUACUGAUAAUGUCCUGCAGAGCAUGGUUAAGAUUUUAUAGUGUAUUUUUAAUAGUUUUAUAUUGUUUAAAAAAGCAAUCAAUAAUUGUAAAACAUGCUAUUGAAAGCCGGACGUGAAAAGUCGGGUUAAUUUUAAAGUACUAAAGUGUUUUAUAUUAACGAUUCGAAAAGUCUUUCAAAUUUUAAAAUUUUCCUGCAAAAUUUUACCUCUCAAAAACGAGAUAAAAUAAUAUCAGUGACACAAAAAUUUAAGCGCGGUUUAAUUUUUGCGCAUGCGUGCAAAUACUUAUCCCACAAAGUCUGCCUGCAUUGUGUGACUAUAUAAGAUUUUUUAUUCGAUACUCAAUCUCGAAACCAGAGCCCACAAUACUGUACUAUAUAAAUUAAAUUUGCUUACUAUUUUUUUUCAGGCCGCCUGGCCUGUAAAACAAAAUAAAACAGAAAAAGUACUAUUAAAUUUAGUUGUCUUUGUGAGAUACCAGGUUUUUUAAUUCGAUACCAGCUUACCAGUACAGAUACUUAAAACAAUAAUACUAUCCAGUUAUGAUUCAGUGAUCAAAAUUUUCCAUUGUCUUUUCAUUGUUUUCGAAAUGGUAGAAUAUCGUAUUAGGACAAUUAGGUAAAAUGGACUUAUCAUCCUCAGUAAAUCAGUCACAAGUGUGUUGCCGGGGAAGUCAUGCCUGAUGACAGUGUUUUCGCGCAAUUUGAUUGGUUGGUCACCUCCGGACCAAAACAAAAUGUCCUCGGAAUGGUAACAUGGUAAGUUUAACCCAUUCAACGUUUAUGCGCGAGGGCACAAAUUUUUAUAAACUUGAAUUAGUUGUUUUAUGUGAUCAAACAUAAUGUCAUUAAUGUGCAACAAUGUAGGAUAAUGUUCUGGGCCGCAACGUAUUGGAAUCUUGCCUUAAUUAUCAGGUUUAUUUCAUUUACUGAUUUAAAUUUUAUCUUGAUAAUACCAUACAGAAAAAUAAUUAUUACGGUUGCGCCUUAAGUAUCGUGUAAAGCUUUCGUUCAAAAUUUUAACAAUUAAAAAGCUUGAUUACCAUCCCCAAAAAUUCCGGUGUAAAAAUAUAUCCUUUUCAAUUCAGUAUAAAGCUCAUAUUAAUAUUGACUGCUUUUAAUUCUUCUACCUGAAGCAUUUCAAAAAGACAUGGCUUUAUGCCUUUCCCAACCACAUGAAAUAAGGGCUUAGCUUAAUCUUUACUCCGUUAAAUAAUUUAAACUAAGUGAUCAAUUAACAUUUUUUGUGUCCACAAAUUUCCACCCACGCGCAAUAAAAAAUUCCAUACACUUUAUAGUCAGUAUUUUUGUCAAUACACUUUCGUAAACAAACAGACAUAUGUCGAUGGUUGUCAACAGUAAAAAAUGCCAGAAACGAAAAAUAUAAUUUGUUAGCUUGUUUCUACAAGUACAACUACUGAACUACAACUGAAUUUCACCAUGCACUCAUAGCCCCCCAAAUAUCGUUCUUUGGCCAUAUAUGUCGAAGCAAACAUCAGCAAAUAUUGCUCGCUCCAUUGAACUUGUCAUUGCACAAAAUUUGCAUGUUUGACAUUAAUGUUUUAUAUUACAGUACAAAGGUCUCUGUUUGAGUCUAUAUAGCAUGCAGGGUCAUGGUUUGAAAUUAAGCAAUUUAGAAUUUCGAAAAUAAAUUCUGUUAUUACUUUUAUGUACUUUUGUUAUAGAAGGGGAAAGUGACAAUGCGAAUAUUAAAGAUCCUUCAAGUCACGUAAACGAAACAACUUCGAAAAUAUCUUUGCCUCGAAAUAUGGAUAUCAAACAACUACGACAGCUCAGCCGGAAACUUAUGAAGGCAAAUAAAAGCUUGAUAGCUAUGAACGAAAAACUCUACAAGGAUAAGGAACAAAUUGAACGACAAAAUGAACAGCUUCAGAACGAAUUUGGACAGAAAUUACAAACGCUUGAGAAAGAAAACGAGACAUUUAAGAGACUGUUGAAGGCAGAAGACAAAAUAAAUUCUGUGGAUGAGAUUUUGAGUAAAACCACAAUUGAAGCGUUAAAGACUGAGCUGGCUAGCCAAGGAGCAACGAGCUCGGAGCUGAAAAUGGUUGUGGAUGACGAAGCGAAACCAUCGAAUAUUCCUGAAUGCUCGCAGAAUGAAAAUGAUGUUAUUCAGCUUGAAAUGGUAAGCACAUUUUCUGAAGAUAAUUAUGACAAGCAUUUACAACUAGCAGUUAUAGGUAUCAUUCAAUAACUGCUCUUAUAUAGCUCGGCUCCAAAAGUCCAUCUAUAUACAUCGAAUUCACUACGUUUCAAUUUGACCUAGAUAAAACACUUAUUGACACCUUUUGGAGGAAACGACUGAUGUUACAUCAUAGAUAUCUUAUAUCUAUGUGUCACAUGUCUCCAUGCAUGCAUUGCAUAUAAAUCCACCAAACACAGGGUCAGGCCUAGCUGCCAUGGUGUUGUGCAUAAAAUACUAUAUAUGUACUGGGUUUUUACCAUGAAUAUACAAACUUUAACAGUACAAAGACAGGACAAAUGAUAAUUAUAACAGAUAAGACAAAACAGGAUUUAUAGAUUAGACAAAAAAGACAAACAUUUCUUUUGACCAAUAGUCAAUAUUCAAUGGACCAUAUCAUUAUUUAGCGGACAUGCAUCAAUGUCAUUAUUUUCAGUUUUUAAAUAUAUACGAAUAUAUAGUAUAGCUUGUAGAUAUAGUGUAGGUGAAAUAAGGAAUAGAUGAAGGCAGGAAGAUUUAUCCACGAAUUGUAUUUUUAACACAAUAGUGGGUUAAUUACAAAUUGUAAAGCAAAACAUAUUCAUCAAAUAGUGUUGUAUAUAUUGUUAUAUAGGUUUUGUUGUUUGUGUUAGAGACUGAUACGGGGAUCAUUUUCAUGAAUUUGCAUGCAUAGGGUCUGCACGUAUUAAGUUUGACAUUUGUAUAAGAUGGCUUGAGAAGGUCAUUGAGUUGCACCUGUAUAAGGAACACGUGUGCGACUUGUUUAUUAUGUGAGCAAAAUGACUAUACAGUACCACACGCUUAUAAAAUCUCACAUCUUGUAUCGAUAUUGAGUUCUAAACUGUUCUCACAGUAAGAGUAUCCCUAAUUUGUUCAGUAUUACUACAGGAGGAAAUUGGAGUAACUGUAAGAAACAUGGGACGAUCUUUUGUCGAGUUAGCGAAAUUUAAAAAUUGUGAUACCAACAAAAUAUUGUUCAACUGACAUUGUUCCAUUACAGGAAUGAUUAUAAUGGUCAUCAUUUGUGGGAAUCAAUUACAUUCAUGAACCGCUUAGCUUAUCGUCACUAAAAGGAUCUACAGGAAUAAAAUAUUUAAGCCUGUCACGAUCUUUCUCAACGGCUAGUUUAUAAUAGUUUAUACCUGUAAGCCACAUAUAAAUCAUAAGUAUUCUCUAGUUAUAAUCACUCCGCGUAUUUUCAGUUCUAAAAUGUUGUACAUUUCGGCUGAUGAGAACGAUCGUGACUCAAUCUUCACGACCAUAUGGAAACCAGGUUUUACCUUACUCUCUUUAGAAAAUUAAAGCAAUGAAGAACGACAAAUCGCUGAUGGUAUUCAGGUACGAAAACGAGCUCGAAGAAUCGCACAAUUUCUAUGAGGAAGAAGAGCAAAAAUUAAAAACAUACUACGAGGAACGCAUCGCUUCUGUUGAGAAACAAAACCAGAACUUAAAAUCUCAAAUUAAUGGUUUAAUGUCCUUCAACGACAACAAGAGAAACAACUGUGAAGUUCAUACCAAACAGUUGAAUGACCUAAAGCGUUUACAUCAGGACGAAUUACAAGAGGUUGAGAAAAAUUUAGCUUUAACUUUGUCACAGCAACUUCACUCGCUGACUAAUUUAUCCGAGCAAGAAAAAACUGCUAUUACUAAAGAAAAAGACGCGGAGAUAAGUAGAUUAAGCGAAAAUUGUCGAGAGUUGAACGACGUUAUUGCAAAUCUACAAGAACAGGUUGGAAAUUAUCCAGAAAUUCUGGAAAAAUGCAAAGAUUUGGAACGUCAGCUAAGCGAGGAAAGAGAGCGCUGUGAAGCGUUAGGAAAAGAAGUUGAAGAGCAACGACAAGAGCAACAACAACAACAGCAAAAACAGCAACAACAACAGCAGCAGCAGCAGCAACAACAGCAGCAGCAACAACAGCAGCAACAACAACAGCAACGACAGCAACAACAACAAUGCGAAAGUUGUGAGCGAUUAAGAAGUCGUGUCCAUGAACUCGAACACGAACUGGUCGCUCUACGAAAAUUGGAAGAAGACAACAUCUUACUUGCAGGCGAGAAUGAAAAGCUUAUCGAGCAGUUAGAAGUCGAGAGACAAAAACUAGAUUUGAUGACAAACAAUAACUUGCCGGACAGCGAAACCAAACUCAAGUUGGAAGAACUACACAACGAAAAAAGCCCGUCGAAAAUGAAAGAAAAUUCGAAAAAGUAUUUAAAGAAGCGUGUAUCACAGCUUGAGAACGAUUGUAAGGACUUGUGGAGAAAAUUGCAAAGCGAAGUGCUCAAGAGUAAACAGAAAGAAUUGGAAAUUAAUCGAGAGACGACGGAGAAGGAGCGAAUACUUCAAGCACUUCACAAAUCACAGAUUUCCAACACGCAUGAAAACGAGACUCGGCAAAGUAAAACGAGUAACGUUUCGUUGAAUAGUUCAAACAAUGAUGACGAGACGGCAUCGAUAAAUGAAGACAAAGAUAAUGAUUAUUUUGUUGUAAAAGAAAAGUUGAAAAAAUCGCAAAGCAGGACACAUUUACUACAGGUAAAUAUGUCGUCAUAUGUUGUUUGCAUUCGUAGUACACUCGUAAAAAUCUCACAACUUAUUACCAAGAUGUGUUCGCAGCAGGCUUGCAGCAAGCUUGUCAACAAGUUGCGGUAAGAAUGCUGUCAUAUUUUAUCAAGUUGUUACAAGGUUAUCACUUACAACUUGCUGACAAAUUGUUGAAUUGCAGGACGAUAACAAGUUAUUGGAACAACGGGUAACAAGUCUGUUGAACUCAACAAACUUGUAGCAAGUUGUCAACAAGAUCUGUUGGCAACAAUUGGCAACAUAUUCCGAAAAUUCCGGUAUUUCCUGAAAUAUAUCCCGUUUUCCUUCCCAAAAUCAGAACAUAUUCUGUUUCCUGGUUUGUCCACCACAUGACAAUGAAACAAUGUUCAGGGGCGUCAGUAUAACAACCAUUAUCAACGAAUAUUCUGAUCAUUAAUCGAAUGCAAUGGAAACACUCGCAUAUAAAUGUCAAUCCUAUUCAUUUUUGUCCGUUAGACCGAGAUAGACCGACUACGGGAGAGUUAUUCCAAUAACCUGAGCAAGGAACUUGAAGAUAUGGAAAACAAGUGGACACAAAGACUAAGGUAAGUCGAUGUUUACUUGGUUAUUAUUUUUAAACUAUCUUUAUUCAUAUUGGAUUACUCUAGUAUGAUUACAGGCCGGAGUACCUGAAGAAAAUAUAUGGUGUUUGGUUAAGUAUCUCAGUCACUGUGACACCAACACCCUUUUAGAGAUUUUUUACUGAUGCGUUUUUAACUUUACAGACGAGAAUGCAAUGCUGUUCAUUCUGAAAUGGCUGAGGAGUUCAGGAAACAAAAAGAAGCUUGGAGGAAAAAAGAGUCUGAACUUCACUGCGUUGUAAGUAUGUCAUAAAUCUGACGCCUUGUUACCAAAAUGCACCAUAAAAUAAACACUAAUUGAAACUUCGUGUUUUCUAUCCCGUAAUCUAGAUAAAAGAACUUCAAAUUCAAAUUGAGGAGACAGAAACAGAUCGUAAAGGGUUGGAGAAGGAACUGAAUGCAUUGAGAGCAAAAGGACAAAAUGGUCUGACAGUUUCUGAACGUUUAGUAGAAGAUAAAUCUGAUGAAAACAACGGCAGCAAGAACAGUGAUAACUACACAGCAUCGGUAGAAAAAGAAGACAAUCAAAUUCAAGGUAUUCAAAAUUUUAUUUAAGUAAAACUUCAUGAAGAGCAGUAUUCAGUCUGAAAAAAUGUGCGGGACUUCAAGUUUCAACCAUCUUCUCUUACUGUCUUCAGUUUCCUCCUAUUGUAACACUGAACAUCGGAUCAAUGUUUAUUCUUGUGCUGCACCUCUCGGAAGAACAGUUUAGAACUAAUGAAUGAACUACUCCCUGUAGUAACACUGGAUCAAUAAGAAAUGAUCCUUACUGGACCUCUAGGGAGAACGGUUUAGAACUGAUAAAACUAUCUAGUAUAAAUAAAGUUAGUUUAGUUUAGGUUUCCUUCUGUAGUAACACUAGAUCAAGAAGAGAUAACACUUACUGGACUUCCAGGGAGAAUAGUUUAGAACUGAUAGAGCUAUCCAGUAUAAAGAAAGUUAGGUUUAGGUGCUUUCAUAAUUAAUCCUAUUUUAGUAAUACGUAUAUUACUCUAAGUAUUAAGUUAAUAGUUCUCUUUCUUAGAUUACAUCAGCGACAGAGACCUACGUCGCCUUGCUUACAAACUAAAGAAAGACCAAUGGCUACGCCUUGCAAAACUUCUUUCCCUCUCGGAGACAGAGAUUCGUGAAAUAGAUCAACUGAAAGUAGGCAAAGAUGAAAAAGCAUUUCGUGUGCUUAGCGAAUGGCGGACUUCUGCCGAGGAGAUCACCGGUAAUCAAGUGUCGCAAUUAGCGUUAGCAUUGGAAGAGAUUCGGCGAAAAGAUCUUGCACAGUUUGUGAUGGAGCAUUGUAUGGCUGGUAAAAUUAGGAAUAAGUUGGUUGGAGUGUAGAAGUACAGAGUUUGGUUUCAGGUUAUUUGUAUUUUAGUAAGCUUGUCAACGAUUGGCUUAACAGUUAACAGCAACUGCAAUAUUGACUUUAGUCAAAAGUAUAAACGUCGGGAGGUCCGGAGGAGUGGUCAAAAGGGCGGACUUGAAUUUAUAUUUCAAUGUUGUUAGAUGAUAAUUGAAGUAAAAUAGUUGUGAUAAAGGUUUCUCCACAUUGAUUCUUGUUCAAUAUUCACAAAUCUGAGCUGUCUUUUUAUAGGCUGGGGCCAGGGCCUGGGGUUUCUUGGGAGUGGGUGUAGGAGGGACAACUCUCAUUCCCUGGCGCGUUUCUUGCCCUAGAAAUUUUUAAAAAUUUUUAUGCUCCAGGACUUUCCAGGCGAAGUGGAUUAGCACCUAACCUUGUUCACAAAUCAUGUGGAAAUUGCC